GAGAAAUUGAAGUCAACGUUGUUAGUCAGCUAAAUACCAAAAAAGCUCAUGGGUCCAGAAAAGUCGAUGUCAAUUGGAAGUGUAUUUUCCAGGAAAUUAAGAUUUCAUCUCUUCCUUCCCAAAAGCUUAAAAGAAGAAGAAGAAGAAGAAGAAGAAUAAGGAGUAGGGUAAGCACCUGACCUGCUGCUGCUGCAAAAGAAAGAGAAAUGGCAGGUACAUGGGUUGAAGAGGAUAUCCGGGUGAGAGAGGAGCUGAUCAAGAAAGCAUGUUCAAUGGCAAUGAAAGCCCACAGAAAUCCAGAUAAGCAAUAUCUUUCUGAAAAGACUCGAAAUUCAUCAGAUAUUGUUUUUGCCUUUCCAGGAUCUUGGUCUGCAAAUGAAUGGUUUACUCAUAAACCUUUUGGUGAAACCACCAUAGAUCGAACUCAAUUUCCGUCUCUGAGAAGCAUCGGUAAAGAUGAAGAUUCAAUUGUUAAUGAAGCCUUCUUGGCAAGAUUCCAAUUAACUUUCGCAAAUCGUUCUCUGCAAAACGAGGUGGAUAAGGCUGUGAAGGAAAGGAAGCAGGUAGUGUUUACAGGGCACUCCUCAGGAGGUGCUAUUGCAAUUCUAAUGACAGUCCAGUUCUUGGAGACAUACCAAAAACCAGACAUCACCAAGUUGUCUCCUCUCUGUGUAACCUUUGGAUCUCCUCUUGUCGGUGAUCGGAUAUUCAACCAUGCUCUUGGCCGAGAAAACUGGACAAGACACUUCAUUCACUUUGUCAUGAAAUAUGAUAUUAUCCCUCGUGUUAUGCUUGCUCCUCGUACUUCCAUAAUGCCACUAAUGCAACAGAUCCUUCAUCUCUUAAACCCGAGAUCCUCACUUUUGUUGCAGGGAGCUCUACAGGAAGCUUCAGCUUUCUACUUCACUGUGAUGAAAAAUGCCUCUUCAGUUGCAAGCCAUGCUGCUUGUCAACUAAUGGGAAACACAAACCCAUUGCUAGAAACCUUGUCAAGCUUCAUUAUGUUAAGCCCUUACAGACCUUUUGGGACAUAUAUCUUCUGUACUGGAAAUGGGAAGCUGGUAGGCAUGAAGAACCCAGAUGCCAUUCUGCAACUCCUAUUUUAUUCUUCUCAGUUUAUUUCUGACACAGAAGGUCUGGAGGUUGCCCAUAGAAGCCUCAAAGACCACCAGAUUUAUCAAACUGAGCUUCAAGGAAACUGGGUAGUGAGCUAUUUAGAUAAUCUCGAUAUGCUUCCAUUGUCAUCCGAUGGAACAAACCCAGAGACCAUGGCGACUAACAUGGUCUUGAAUGACCUCAACCAGAGCACAAGAGCCAGACUCUGUCUUCGUGCUGCUGGAGUGGCAGAGAAACAAAAACUGGAAAACCAGAAGAAAAGAGCUGAUACCAUAGAAGAUACUAAAAAAGAACUAGCCGAUCUUGAGAAGUACAGAACCAUGUGUGAGGUACGCAAAAUUGGUUAUUAUGAUGCCUUCAAGAUGCAAAACAGUACAGAUGACUUCAAAGCAAAUAUUGGGAGACUCAAACUAACAGGAAUUUGGGAUGAGACCAUUGAAAUGUUGAAAAAGUAUGAACUCCCUGAUGGAUUUGAGGGGCAAAAACAUUGGAUUGAGUUAGGAACCUUGUAUCGCAGACUAGUUGAGCCUUUGGAUAUUGCAAAUUAUUAUCGGCAUUUGAAGAAUGAAGACACAGGCCCGUACAUGAUGAAUGCAAGACCAAAGCGGUACAGAUACACUCAGCGAUGGCUGGAGCAUGCGCAAGGGAUGAAGGCUGGUUCCUGUCGGGAAUCCUGUUUCUGGGCAGAGAUUGAGGAGCUUAGUAGAAUUUAUAAAUUAGAAUCAUUUGAAGCUAUUAGAGAGAGGCUUUACUUCCUAGAAAGCGAGCUAAAGAAAUGGAUUGAUAGUGGAUUGAUAAGUAAAGAUCUGUUGCUAGAGGAGUCAACGUUUGUCAAGUGGUGGAUAACACUCCCUGUCCAACAUAAGUCAGUAUCUUGCAUAAGAGGGUUCAUUCCUAAUCAACAGUGAAAAAAUUUCAGUUAUUAUCAAAGAGAGUUACUUGGUUAUGCUCUACCAGACAAUGCUUCCAGCUUGCUUUUAUAAGUAGUAAUGAUGAUCUCUAGCUUUUUGUACUCAAA